UGCAUUUUAAACGUUUACCAGUGGGAUGAUUAGAUGUGUUAUAAGACAACACAUAGCGUGCACGUCACAGAUGAACCACGUGAACAUAACCUCUACUUCCCCAGUAAGCAGCAGGUCUUAACAGAAACAAAGCUGCCUGUUUACGCUUCAGCCGGAAAUAUUUCCGUGAUAAGAACACUCUUAUCCCUGAUUAGCUGCUGGGAUGAAAAGAGAGACUUCGGCCUUUGCUCCUGGCAGGAGGUCCUCCACAUAAGAGACAGGAAAGAGAGUUUUUGAAGGCUUUCAUAAGCAGCCUGGUGCGGAUUCCUUUAUAUGUGACUUUUUUUAUUGUUACCGCAUCCCGUCAUAACAGUGCUGUGACUUAUCUUCAACUUAGAGAGCGAAAGGACUCCUGUGACAAACGGUGAUGUCAUCGAGUGCGGACGGCGGCUCCCGGCCUCCCCAGGAAGUAGCUCCGACGUGCUCCUCCCUCUUCAGAGCCGUGGGCCUCGUCACCGGGGACAUGCGCCUCUGCAGAGAGUGGGCGGAAAGGCAGGCUGCGGGCGUCCGGCUGCUGGACUGGACUUUUCGAGGCGUAGCCCAGGUCGUGUUUGUCAACAACCCCCUCAGCGGGCUCCUGGUCACGGCCGGCCUCUUCCUGCAGGACCCUUGGUGGGCUCUGAGUGGCCUGCUGGCUACCCUCGCCUCCACUGGCUCCGCCUACUUGCUGGGACAAAACGGGGGAGCCACGUCAGCGGGUUUGCAUGGCUACAAUGGAACAUUGAUCGGCAUACUGAUGGCGGUGUUCUCCGCCAAAGGGAGCUGGUACUGGUGGCUGUUAUUGCCAAAUGUGUUCUUGUCCAUGUUGUGCCCGGUUGUCUCCAGUGCCCUGUCAUCUGUUGCCGGCAAAUGGGACCUCCCAAUAUUAACCCUGCCCUUUAAUAUCCUGGUGUGUCUGCAUGUUGCAGCCACAGGAGCCAAUCACCCCUACUUUCCACAGGCGGACAUGCGGCCAAAGGACCAUCUGCACCCUGCUAACGACUCCGCGGAAAGCCUCGACGUCGCCCGAGUACGAGUAACGGCAACGUUAGCGGUCCAGCAGCUCCACGCAUAUCCGAACCGUCACAUUGGCCCGCGGUUGCACCUCUUCCUGUCGGUGCCAGUUGGCGUGGGCCAGGUGUACGGCUGCAGCAGUCCUUGGACGGGAAGUCUCGUCCUUCUGGCCCUGCUGCUGUCCUCACCAACUAUCUGCGCUCAAGCCAUGUGGGGCUCUGCGGUUGGCGUAUUAUCUGGUGUUGCUCUCGCAGCCCCUCACGAGGACAUUUACUCUGGGCUGUGGGGAUAUAACAGCGCUCUAUCCUGCAUUGCCAUCGGAGGGGUCUUCUACGUCAUAACAUGGAAAACGCAACUACUGGCUCUAACGUGUGCACUUUUCUGCGCAUACAUGACUGCAGCGAUAUCAAAACUGAUGUCUGUGCUCGCAUUACCGGCCUGCACGUGGCCUUUCUGCCUGUCGACUCUCAUCUUCCUCCUCAUUUCCUCCGAGACGCCCGCCAUCUGCAGACUUCCUCUGUCUGCGGUCUCCUACCCGGAGGAGAACCGGCGCUACCGGACACCGUUGGAGGCCUCAGAGAAGGCGCCGCUCGGCCGAGACGAGGUCCCAUUUGGGGCGGACAGCAGCUGCAGCGAAGCUCUGUGUCAUUAGAGGAGAUGUUCUAACACUGAGUGGGAAUUGUCUGGGUGGUGUGGGGAUGAAAAGUCUUGAUAUUUCCUCUUUUACGUAACCGUAUAUGUUAUAUAAAAUGGCGGGCAGUACGGCUCUCUUAUCAGCAGGGGGCAGCACUCUGCAAGGAACGAUCCCUCUAUCCGUCUAACCCGGUUCACAAUACCUUUUACUUUUGUGGUGAAAUAUGGAAAUACAUGAACAAAUACAGUUGAAAUGAUAACUUGCCCAGACACAUCAUGUCACAGUCAGCCGUCUUGGCUUCUUUUGGCUUAGGACCUUAGGACAACCUUGCUACUCUUUUCCUCAAGCAACAACCAGACAUUUUGAUCUCUAAUGAAGAGAAGCCACAAAGAUGUCAGCUGAUAGGUAUGAUGUGGGGCUUUACGUUUAUGAGUAAAUCUCUGGUGGAGUUCCUUGCUUACCUGGCCCUCCGUGUGUCUGGUGCAGCGGGGCCCGUGGCUUUCGUCUAGCCCCUCUCCCCCCCGGUGAGACGCGUUGACGGACAGUCACACUCUCAGGCGUGUGUGGGAGGCGCGGCGCAUCGGGGGGGGAGAAGGUGCGAGACGAGGGAAGGGAAAGAACUUGACAAAGAGAACGUCUCAUGUUCUUGGAUGGUGAUAAAAUAUGACUUGUUAUGACAGAUUUGUUCUUUCCUUGAGUGUAUCAUUUCUUUCUGCACUGCAUUUUAACGCCAUACCUAAAACUGUUUUCUGCUUCCAAAGUCGUACCAACACCCCCCCCCCCCCCCAUCAGGUAAGAGGGACCUUAGUCAGAGGAUUCCUCAGUGGCCUUUUUAUACCCAAUGAUUCACGCAGAGACCUUUUGAGAUACUUGGGGUAAGUGGGAUGGUGUGAGAUGAGGUCGUUGUCACCUCCCCUGCGCCAGUACUGCCUGCUCACAGCGUUGAGAUUGAGAGGGCCCGCAGGGCAGCUCCCAUCCACGGCCCAACGAUAAGAAGAGAGAGGGACCAGGCCCAGGCCUCCACACACAAAAGCAUGUUCCUUUGGCUCGGUGUAGCGGCUGCAUGUCGAAACACGGCGUCUCGUGUUUUAUAACCGUGUGGUAUUAACGAAAAGAGGAUAACAGCAUCAUAAGCAGAACCAGGGGAAGACAUUGUGGUGAUGUACUAUGCACGGAGGGGGUUCUGAAGAGUCAUUAGUGAUCCAUAUUUAGGAAAUUAAAACUGACUUGACAUUCAUUAUAAAAGCCCAUCAGAAAUGGCGUUUCCAGUGAAUGUGCCGUCAUCGAAGUCAGCUACAAAUUAGCAAAUAGGUUCAGAUCAGGAUAUACUGUUUUUUCAACAGCUGUGUCUUUCUGUGCAGUGGGGACUUUAACAUCAAUAAAUAUACAGUUUAUCUUUUUGUAUUAAAGAAUAAUUUGUGACUUUGUCAGAGUGUGUCAUCUGGUAUCCGUGAAAGUGAUCACCAGGGAGCAUGUCAGCUGCACAGAGACAAUGCAUCCACUUCUGGACAUGUGAGAGGACCAAGCAACACCACGAGAACAGCUCAGCUGCGUGAUUAUUUCUCUCUGAGACUGACGGGCAACUUUGUAAGUGUGUUCCGCGAGAGAGAGAGAGAGACGGUGCGAAUGCGUGAAGAAACAAGCAAGAGGAGAAAAGGAAACAGCCCAAUAACACCCAGACUGUUCCCGUGGGCCGCUGUGAUUCACUGUCGCUCGGCAGUCUGUGGACCGGCGGGGAGGAGCCGCGUGGCGCCGCGUGACGCCGCGUGACGCGGCGCGCUCAACGCCUUCCAACCAAAUUUGUCCGCCGCUUCCUGUGAGACGAAACGAGGAAUCUGCAGGAAACUCCAAACGCUCCGAUUGGAUGCGCGCAGCGUCACGGCGGAGGAAGCGCUGCCAUGUAUGUGCGCUCCCCGCGACACCGGUUCCUUUCAUCCACGGCUGCAGAGUCGGUGUCGUAAUCGGUGAUCCCUGAAUAGAAAUGCUGAAACAUUGAAAAGCGGAGUUCAAGAAGAAGAUUUGCUUCAUUUUAUUUUCAAAAAUAGACUGGAACAUGUUUACCCUCACAUCUACAACGCAUCUUAUUUCUUAAGAUAUUAUGGGGUGUCAGAAAAGAGGAAGGGUUAUAUGUGAUGAUAUAAUUAUUCUAGGGAUUUACUGUUUGGUUGGGUGAGCAUGUUAUGAUGUCUUCUUGUUUUCUUGCCCUAAAUGUAUAUUUGAUUCAAUCUUUUUCUUUUCUAAAAACCUGUUUCUUUGCGCCAUGGGUGAUAUACGUAUUUAUUUUGAGGACAACUAGAGUAGAAUAAUCCUAAUUAUUGCCAGACAUUAAACAUGAUCUACAUUACUCUACCCAUAAAUCACAUUCAUCCUGCUUCAUAACAGUUAUUUUGUAAUAUAACAACCCAUUUUCAUACGAUUACUUAUUAUUAUUGUUAAUAUGACAAUAAUAACUGUUUCGGGGAAGGCAUCAUUGUGUCCUUCAGUCAACAUGACUUAGAGGUGAUAUCUUGAAUUUUUACUGGAGCAAGAUAUGUGAACACUCACCAAAGAACAGCUCUAACACAUCUCAAUUACGUAACUUCAAGAUGUCCCCCUCCUUAAAUAGUUAAAUGGCUCAUUUGCAUCAAUUUGCAUGUAUUGUCUGAAGCACUAUGAUUGCUAUGCAGAACCACGGGGGUGGAAGCGAGUAUUAACAUGCACAGCUGUACAUCGAAUGGUUUCAGAAAGCAUUAAAUAAAUGAAGCCACUUUAGAGCGUUUUGACAUUUCAGUGAAAACUUAAUUAUCGGAUUGGCUCCAUGUUCUUUUUCAACGGAAAUUAACCAGAACACAUUUAGUGUCAGUCUAUUAAGGUUGUAAUUUACAUUUUGGAUUUUCUUUCACCCUUACCCCUUUAUGAUAACUGCUGUCAUUCCUUCCUUCAUCUGAUUCAUCUUAGAGUCCAGCAACCAGCUACAAAAUGCUGCAUGCAACCCUACAAAAUAAUAUAUCAGUCCUUUUUAUACUUUAAGUACAUUUUGUUCAUAAUACUUCCGUGCUUUUUGAUUUUGCACAUGAAUGUAUUUCCUUAAGUUUCAAUAAAAGAUUGUUCAAAUCAGUGCAGAAUUGA